AUGUCGAAGGCUGUUGCUGAGAAAUUGAUCUCAUUACAGAGAAGAUUUAUUUGGAGCAAGGAGGAUGGGAGGCAUGGUAUGCCUUUGGUGCUACAAGAAGGAGUGCUAUCACAGGAUAUCACCAGUUACAGCUUCACUAAGACCAUUUGGAAAGGUGUAGUUCUACCAAGAGUGGAGCUGUUUGCUUGGUUUGUCUUGACAGACAUGGUGAAUACUAAGGAGAGGCUAAGUCGACUUGGGAUACUCAACCAGGAUGAUCAGAGUUGUGUUUUAUGUAACAAGGAGAUUGAGCAGAUCCAUCACUUAUUUCUUGGCUGUGAUUUUGCUUGGCAGGUGUGGAGUGCUUGGUUAUAUGUGUUUGGCCGGCUGUGGUCUCUUCCGGGUUUGAUGAAGGACCACUUUCUAAGUUGGACAGAAGAGCCUCGUAGGAAGGAGGACCGGAAGCAGCAGUUAAGGUGCUUCUGUGCGAUCAUUUGGAACAUUUGGUUGGAAAGGAAUAGGAGGAUAUUUCAGAAUAGAAGCAGAGGUGUAGAGGAAAUAAUCAACAUGUCCAUGUUUAACUGCGAUGAGUGGCGAGGUGUCUCUUCAUGUUGUAGAUGGCUAUGUCGGAUAUGA